CCUUAUUUGAAUAUCAACAUAAGUGAUAAGUCAUAACAUGGUUAUAACCUCAACUUCUUCGUGUUUGUAAGGUUUUACGUAAUAUCGUCAUUUUAUAUUUGAAAAUAUUUAAUCACAUAAUAAUUAUUUUAAUGUACAUGGAAUGAGCUCCCGAUAUUUUUAUUUGGAUGUAGAAAUUGAAUUAGCACACUCAGAUCGACCCGAGCUGUUAGUCCAGCAACAGGUCCAGGAGGCGGUGAAGCAACUGUUUGGAGCUAGCGGCGCGGGAAGCGUGAUUGACGUGCUAGCGUGAGGGCGGGGCGGGCUCUGCUCCGUGUACCACGGCCGCAGCUGAGGAGGCUCCGCGCGGCGCUGGCUCUGAGACCCACCGUGCGAGUGCGAGCGGAGGCCGCGUCGCUACAGGCGCUGGUGUAAGUAGCAACAUGGCGGAGGGCGGGCGGCGCGUGUGGGCCACCGGCUCGGGUGGCAAGGACGUGGUCGUGGUGGCGUCGCGGGCCGAGCUGGCGGCUCCCAGUACGGUGACUCUGCCGGAGCCCGAGCCGGCGCCGGGGCUGCUGCUCGCGGACGGCUCCAUCAACUGGGGUUGUCCCUGCCUCGGUGGAAUGGCCACGGGUCCCUGCGGUACUCAGUUUCGUGAUGCUUUCUCCUGUUUCCACUACAGUGAGGCAGAUCCGAAGGGCAGCGACUGUUACGAGAAGUUCAGUGUGAUGCAGGAGUGUAUGUCACAGUACCCGGAGCUUUAUGGGAAGGACGAGGACGAGGACCUGGCGGCUGCCCUGGACACGGCGGGGGUGGAAGCGAGUCGCGAGGAGGGGGGAGGGGGGGACCAGGACCGGGCCGGGGAGGGGAAGUAGCAGGGACGGAUGCUUUAUAAACACUGACAGUGCUGCGUGCCGUGAACAAAAAAUAAAUGCAUUGCCAACACUAACGACGUGACGCACAACCUUACAGUGACAACAAAUGUGCCGUCUGUGGCGUGACGCCUGACGUCUCUUGUAUGAUAUCUACAUAUUAAAUGUCAGUUGACUCUGUGUCUGUUAAACGUUACCAAUGCCUUGUUAAUAUAUAUAAUAAGCCGCGGGGUUCACGAUGUACUUCACGGAUCCUCUGAAGUAAUUUUAUCAAAACAGAUGUAAUUAAGGACUUGUGUAGUAGUUUACGAUUAGUUAGAAUUAGUAUUAGGUUUGUUCGGAAUACGGCUGCUUGCAGCUCAAUGUUUGAAAUAAAAUAUUUGGAGGAAUCUUUUUGUUUUCUUUCUCAUUAAAUUUGAUUAAAAAAUAUAAUGUUUACAUAUUUUUGUGACUGUGCGUGUUGUGUAUCUCUAUAUAUAUUUAAAAGGUAA